UCUAUGGCUUUCUGUAUUAGACCAGAUUACUCAUGGGUGCUGAAGAACUUAUCCAUGGGAAUGUACAGUAUUUGCAGCUUGCGUUUUCAGAUGUCUUGGUCUAUUCUCAUAGGUGCUGGAAGAACUUAUCCAUGGGAAUGCGCAGUAGAUUCUCAUACGUUAUCCAUGGGAAUGCGCAGUAGCUUCUCAGACAGGAUCAGACAGGAUCAAGGCCUUUUCUUUGAUAAGGGAGCCUCUUGUGGUGUUAGGAUCAAGGCCUUCUCUUUGAUAAGGGAGCCUAUUGAUGUGUUUCCUGUAACUUGGAGCAUUGCAUCAAUGGGUGUUGGCACUUCCUGUAACUAG